AUGUCCGAUAAUGAAGAAUUGUUGGGGAGGGAUUUUCCCGGCCCAAACGAGAUUCCACCUCCAUCGCAGGAUGAAAUGACCGAAGAAGAUUUGUUUCGUAUGAGAAGUUUGACAAUCAGUUCAAAACAAGGAUGUUAGUUUUGCUUCACAAAUAUAUACUUCAUAUUUAAUUUUUGAAAAUUUCAGUGAAUAGUGAAACUGCCGAACAAUCGAUAAUUUCACUUGCGGAUUCUACUUCGAAUUUUGAUGAGCAUUUGGGAGAAGAUUUAGAUGAAGAAAUCGAAAAACAAGAAGAAAAUCAAUCCGACAUGAAAUUGGAUCUUCAACAAGUCGUAAAUGGUUAUCUUUUUGGUAGACAACGCAAUGCAGAUUUCGUUCCAAACCCAGAAAUUGUCACAGUUCUCAAAUGGCCCAAACACAUUCCAGUUCCACUUUGCCCAACAACUUUUGACGAGGAAUUGUGGAACAAAUCAUUCGAAGACGCUCGAAUUUACAUGAUCGGAACAGCUCAUUUCAGCAAAGAAUCACAAGAAGACGUGAGAAAAGUGAUGGAAGCAGUGGGUCCAGAUUAUGCAAUGGUCGAAUUAUGCCCGGCAAGAGUUUCUGUCAUCCAAAUGGAUGAGGAAACACUUCUCAAAGAAACCGAAUCGCUAAGUGUUCAAAAAAUGCAACAAGUUAUCAAGCAAAACGGAACAGUUCAAGGAAUCUUACAUCUUCUUUUAUUGCACAUGUCUUCAAGUGUCACAAAACAACUCAAAAUGGCACCAGGUGGCGAAUUCCGUGUCGCCUAUUCAACCGCCGUCAAAUUACAGGUGCAUCUUUUUUUUUUUGAAGUUUGAUUUUCAAUUUAUGGUUUUUUUUUCAGAACUGCCGCGUUGUCCUCGGUGAUCGUCCAAUUGGAAUAUCUUUCAAGCGUGCUUUAGCCUCAUUGAAUGUUUGGAAUCGACUCAAAUUUGUUUGUCACGCAAUUUUCACAAGAAAUGAGAAAAUCAGUCAAGAAGAUGUAAAUGACUGUGAAAACAAAUGAGUAAUCUGAAAAUAUUGAUUUUUCAGAUCGAACGAUGUAAACAAAAAGAUCUUCUCGAUGAACUUCUCGCCGAAAUGGCUGGCGGAUUUCCGCAAUUAAGCAAAAUAUUUGUGGAAGAACGCGAUCUCUAUUUGGCUCACAAUUUGCAUUCUUUGAUUCAAAGACAUUCUAUUGAAAAGAUUUUGGCUUAUGAAAAUAUCGAUCGGCGAAUUCCAUUUCAACCAUUUACGGUAAAAUAUUCUGGGGGGAAAUGGUUAGAUGAAAUAUACUGUUUUUUAGGCCGUGGCAGUUGUUGGAAUCGGGCACACACCAGGAAUUGUUGCAAAUUGGGAAAAACCAAUCGAUAUCAUACCAUUGAUUACAAUUCCAGAUCAACCAAUAUCUGUCAAGGUAUCUAGUUAUUGAUUUUUUUUUCAAUUCAGAAGUUCAGGAAUCUGAACUUUGGAAAUUUGGGAGGAAAAUUCGAUUAAUUUUCUACAAAAUUUUCUAUUUUCCAGAUAUUUGGCUACACAAUGAAAGCUCUCUAUUGGGGAGCAAUUGGUUAUGUUGUUUAUCGAGCCGGCUCGAGAAUUGCUCGUCGAUUCAUUCAAUAA